CGUCAGGGGCGGAAGCGUGAGUGAGAUGGGCCGCUCCUCAUCCAGCCCUCUCGCAGAGCUGGGCCCUGCGCCAGGCUUGCGGCCGCAAGAGGCAGGCGGCAAGCUGAUGGAGCAGGCCGUCGUGGAGCACAUCUCAUCCGCCUCGCUGCUCCCAUCCUCGCUCCUCACCUCCAUCCCCCUCACCCACCCACCAUGCUCGCGCCGCGUCUGCCCUGCGUGCGCACCCUCACGCUGCUGCUGGCGCUCCUCGGCAUCGCCUCGCACGUGCGCCUCUACGUCGUGCUCGGCGAGCUGCAGGAGAGCUUCCCCUACGUGCCCAACUCGAGCAGCAGUGUGCUCAAGAGCAGCACUCCGCCCCCGCCGCCGCUCUCUGCGCUCGGUGGCGCCCUCGACAACUCGACGCACCCCGCUGCCGCAGCGUGGUACAACAUCCUCCCAGCUCGGCCCUCAUCACGCACGCCAGCAGCGCUCAUCGUCUCGCCAUCGACGUCGCAGCACAGCUCAGCACCAGCUCCGGCAGCACAGGAGCGCAGCACAUGGGAGGCGGCGCGGCUCGUCACGCGCACGAUGCGCGGAUACGCCGCCAUGAGUGCCGCUGCGGCGGCGGCGGGCGCGUGGGGCGUGCUUGCAUCCUCUCUGCUUGCCACGCGCAUCUUCGUCCUCUCCUCCUUCCUCGAUCUUUUCCUCUUCACGCUCUCGCUCUUCUCCCUCCUGCUGCUCUGCACGUAUCCCGAGAUCCGCUCCAAUCUCUGCGAGCUCUUCUCGAGCGGCACACUCGCCGCCGGCACGCAGCUCGGCGUGGUCGGCAACGAGGCCACGCAGCCGGGAUGGCUUGCUCGCGUCGUCGAGGAGAUCUUCGCGGGCGAGGAGUGCGACGAGGCGUUUGCGCGUGAUGUCGUGCCGCUCCUUCUCGUCUUCAGCCUGCUGUACACAGCCGUCAGGCUCUACUGCUUCCUCACGAUCCACCACUUCUACACGCAGUUGCUGCGCACGCGCAUCCAUCAGUACCUGCCGUGCUCGAGCAGCAGCAGCAGUGGCAGCAGUGCCUCUUCGAGCGGCUCGGCGCCGCGCAGCAGUGCCACCUCGUCGCGCGGCUCGCACGACGGCCUCGUCUCGCCGACCAGCAUCUGCUUCCCGAUGGUGCCGCGCGGCUUGACCGUCGGCGCUGCGGCACACGGCGGCAAGAAGGCUCAUCCGCCGAGGGCGGCCUCGCGCGUCAUGACGGAGAUCAACGAGAAGCUCGCAUGAAGCCGUGCUCUCCCUCUCCUCGGCGCCCUCCUUCCUGUACUUGUCUCGAUACCCGCACCCACCUUCUCUCAGCGCCGAACCAGGCAGCCCCAUUGUACAACACCAGCACGUCGAAUUCCAAUCGCUUCCCAC